AUGCAGGGCUGUUACAGCUGGCGCGUAUUUUGCGUUUCGCGCGGAUUUUGCGUUUCGCGCGGAUUUCGCGCGUUUUUACUCUUCAUCGGCGCGGAUUUUGCGUAAAUGUAAAAAAUAACGUCUAAAAUUUUCAUUAUUUUUACUUCAGAGCAAAUUUCCUCACAAUCAAAAUCGAAAAAUUGCUCAUUUUAACAAUUCUGAAUGUAAUGAACGUAAUGAGAAAGCAUACUUAUUUUGUUUGUAGGACAUACGAUGCAAAAAAGUGAUUACAUGUUUUGAACACCUAUUUUCAUCUUUGCCAGUCACAAACAAGUCUCGCGCUGAAAGUUUUCAAUAUGGUUGAGUACAUCAUACAACAAAACAGACCAACUUCUCACUCUGGCACAUGUGAUUUCAAACGAACGGAGCGAGAAAGCGGGCGGAUUUUGUUUGAGUGUGUGGAUUGAAACUUUUCAUUCAUACGGAGAAAGAAACAGGAUGAAACGAUUUUACGUUAGAAAAAAAAACCCAAGUUGUUUCACUUUUAAUCGGGUACAUGUACUCGGUUCUAGUUUGUUUUACUUCUUAAGAAUAACUAGACCGCAUCAAGAGUUAUUUUAUUACAUAGCAGAAUGGACAGUCGUUAGACCAGCGCCGUUUAUCACAUACAUCACCGGGCCGUCUCUACGGGUACUUUUAGGGCAGACAUGUCAAACAUCCCGCUCGCUAAAGAAUAACGAGAACUUCGAUUAUUUUCGACUUUCCGAUUUUGAUUGAGGUAUAACUUAGAAAUUUAAGGAAUAAUUUAUAUUCGUCGUGUGUGUAUUCUUCUUAAACUUCAAGAGGAAAUCAAAAGCGUGUUAGUGUAGUCCAAACAACUGUUGAGUUCUAAUUCCUUCCGACUACUCAUUUUAUUUGCAACUGACCCAUUAGAAGCCAAAUAGAGUUUGACAUCACUGUUUUAUAGUACACCACAUACAUGAACUUAUUUUGGCGGGAUUAUGCAUCAAAUGUCAAACUAUUCUGUCUGUUUGUCAUAUCAUUUUGUGCUCUGGUGCAUGGUGACGAAAACGUUUUGACGCGAUUUUGAAAAAGCAAAUACUCGAAUUUUAGUUACACAUUCUUUUGUGAUUAUCCCCAAGUAUCCACAAAAACAUGGGUAAGGAAAAAACUUGGUAUUUUUAGUAUAUAUUGAUAGAAGUUUAUGCUUUGUAGGAAAGACACGAUUCGAGAUUAGUUGGCUCCAGAAACAAGAUCCCAAUGGGUCAAAAUACGAAUCGUAUAUUGUUUACGAUGAUCGUUCGUUGAAGUCCGGAGAGGUCUAUUGUAAAAUUUGCAAUCGAAAGAAAAUAACUUUCGAGAACCGAGGAAUAACUGCACUCAAUGAUCAUGCUAAAACCGCAAAACAUACUAACCUUGCCAAAUCGCAUAAGAGCACAAGUCAACUACGAUUGGUACCUUUGGAUCAGGAAAGUGCUCGUGCUUCGGCUGGAGCAAACGACGCCGUAGUUUCUUUACAAGGGGAACCCCAACCAUGCACGUCAAAAUUUCCAGUGAGUGUGCGUCUUCACCUCAUAGACGGAGGCAUUCUCGAAAAAGAGGUUACUUGGAUCAUACACACAGUAAUGAAGAACGCAUCGUUCAACUCAGCUGAAAAGGAUACCAAGGUGCUACGCGCGAUAGCGCCUAAUGAUUUGAAGGGAUUCAGUUUGUAUCGGCAGAAAAUGACCGAUAUGGUCAAUUACGCAAUCGGACCAUUCUUCAGGGACCUUUUUUUGAAGGAUGUUCGGGGGGAAUACUAUUCACUGUUGUUCGACGAGACCGAAGGAAACAACAGACUCAAGGAAAUGGAAGUGACGGUUAAAUAUUUUUCAAGCCAUUUGACGAAACUCAUGUUCUUCCAUUUGGAUUCCGCUUUUCUUGGCAAAGCAACAGCUGAAAUUCUUCUGGGGAAAAUUCUCGAAGGGCUGGAAGCUGCAAAACUCCCUUUAGAACACCUUGUCAUGAUAAGCAAGGAUGGGCCAAAAGUAAACCAAAGCCUUGAGCGCAAAAUUAACAGCAAGCUGAUGCGUGAAAGAGGAUUCCAGCUAGUAGAUACAGGAUCAUGCCCAGCCCACAUAAUACACAAUGCUGUGAAAUAUGCAUUGAAAGAAUUUGGGAUUGAGGUGUCUGAGUUGGCAAAGGUAGUUUAUUACUAUUUUGAUGUGCCAUCCAGAUGGGAAGAAUUUAAAAAAAAUUGUAAAAAAAAACCAAAAAAAUUUGUAAAAUUUGUUGAAACUCGUUGGGUAAUGUUAGGCAAUGCAGCACAGGUCCUGCUUCAUAACAUUGACGAACUUUUCGAACUGAAGGCCAAAUUGACACACUCCGGAAGAAAAAAACUUAGUUAUCAUGAAGACGUCAUUGUUAGAGUACUGUCGAUUAAAGGUAUCAGGUCAAUCAUUAGAUUUGUUAUUGAGGUGUGCACUGAUGCUGAAAAAUUGAUCAAGUUUCUCGAAACCAAUGAUUUUGUUCUGUUUAAAAUUUACGAAUAUAUAAAAGCUUUUAUGUCGGGUUGGUUGGGCAAAGUUUAUGAGGUUGAAAAGAUUGACAAUGUUUUUGAAACCAAACAUUUGGGUUUAGACAGUGGAUUCAAGAAAGUCGAAGAGAUUAUUUUGCCCAGUUGCUUAGCAAUGACUGAGACAAAUGAACAGGUUAUCAUCACUCUUAAAGAAGGUAUGAAAAAGUAUGUAGUAAAACUAGUAACAUACUUGCUUGAUAACAACAUUCCCCACGAAUUUUACUAUCUCGUUUCAUACAUGAGCCCUUCCAAGAUUUUUUCGACAAAAUCAGAGGAAACAAUUAUGAAAUUAGCUGAAAAAGUCGAUUUUAAACUCGACAAAAUUCGCGUUUUUGAUGAAAUUGUGGUCCUAAAAAAUUUAAAGCUUUCGCUUCCAACAUAUAAUAAUGACUUGGAGUUUUAUGCUGUUCUUUUUCGGCUGCACGAUUUCGUGGAACUGAAGAAGCUGUUCCAAAUUAUUAUCACCAUUUCCCACUCCAAUGCGGAGGCUGAACGACGCUUCUCGUCUUCCAAAAUGGUUAUGACAGAAAAAAGUUCAUGCAUGUCGGAAGAACUAUUCAACCAUCGAAAAAACAUUAUUAAUGGAAUGCAAUUUUUCAACAACGAUCUUGAAAAGUUUAUUCCACCAAAGGAAUUGUUGUUAAAAGCAAAGAUAGCUAGGCAGACGCACUACGAAAAAAUAGAAAAAGAAAAACAAGAAAAGAAGAAUGAAGAUCUACGAUUGAGCAGCAAAAAAAAAGAACUUGACGAACAGAAGAAUGUUGUAAAAAUGAAACGAGAAGCAAGAGAGGAGUUAACGAGUAUUAUAACAACUCAGUUGAAAAAGCUUAAAAAUGACAACCCUCAAGUAGCCUGCUUAAAAAUCAUGGUGGAACAACACGAAAAAUUACUGAGUGAAGAGGCAGAUGCGCAGAAAAAACUAGGUGAGCUAAAGAAAGAUAAGUAAUACAAUUCUAAUCCGUUUUUUUAUACAUUUUUAAUUAUCGGGCGUUUUGAAUGCAUGUUUUUUUGAAUUCUAUGGUUAUAGAGUGUAGUAAUUUUUUAAUUAUUUUUUCUUACGCAUUUUUUGACAACAUAAGCUACUGAAUCAGAUUUCAUGAAUUUCUAGCAUAUUGGUAGUGCCAGGCACAGAUGAUCGAAUAACUUAGUUUAGCUUAAUACGUAAUGAUGAACUUCCACCAAAAAUUGUGUUUAUUAGCAGAAUAGAAUAGCAUAUGAUAUAGUAAUACGUAAUGAUGAACUACCACCAACAUUUUGUUUAUCAAAAAAUUUUUGGAAGGGCUCAUGUAUGAAACGAGGUAGUAAAAUUCGUUAUUAUUAUCGUGUUAUUAUCAAGCAAGUAUGUUACAUUGCUAAGCAAUUGGGUAAAAUUAUCUCUUCGACUUUCUUUAAUCCACUGUCUAAACCCAAAUGUUUGGUUUCAAAAACAUUGUCUAUCUUUUCAACCUCAUAAACUUUGCCCAACCAACCCGAUUUAAAAAUUCGUAAAUUUGAUCAGAAUAAAAUUAUUGGUUUCCAGAAACCUGAUCAGAAUAGAAUAGAUUAGAACUUAGCAGAAUAGAUCUCUUUAGGAAUACAAAAUUUAGACGUACAUUUUUUUGCCCCAUAAGCGCAUAAAUCUGUUAUUCAUUUGAAAAGCGUAUAGGGUUAAUUUACUAUAUUUUGUUACAAAUGUUCUAACCUAAAAUAAAAAUAAGACUAUUGGUUUCUUUCUAUAUUACUGAGUACGUUUUUUUCAUUGUCAAUACCUUGAUUCAAUAAGUUCAAUGAGUUACUUUCGUAUUGGCGCGGUUUUGAAAAUCUGGCGCGGAUUUCAAGUGGCUUGGCGCGGAUUUCGCGGUUUUUAAAUCGAGACUUCUGUAACAGCUCUG